UCGCGGCCAGGCCAGGCAUAGCAAUAUUCAUAUUUAGCAACAACAACAACCUUUACGAAAAAUGAUUGUGCCGCUAUGUAAACGGGGAAAAUGACGAAUUACCGGCAGGUUUCAGCUACAGCAGCAGGUGGAGACUUUGGACUGUGAUAAACAGGAUGCGGCGUUGCUUCUGUGGAUGUUCGACAGAUGGUGAAGAUGUUGUGAAUCUGUGGUCGUCGUUCAUCUGAACCUGCAUUUUCCUGUUGAACUGUUGUUUUCUUGGUUGAAUAAUGUAGCAGAAGGCAGAGCUGUCGAACCCCGUGGUCUGUUGAACUGUCGAUGGGGCUGAGAACAGCGCUCGGCCCCACCCUCGUUAGUCGAUCCUCAGACCUAUGUGCCGUGUUUGUCGUCAGCUGUGCCGUCACUUCCUCUGUUCCUUGUUUUGAAGUGAUUUGAUCGAUCAUGAACGGCUCUCUGUUGACCCCGCCUAGCCCGCGGGCCGCUAACUCCUCCCCCCUGCCCCCUUCCCCGUCCCCGUCUCCAUCACCUCCAUCGCCGUCGUUGCUGCCGCUGUCGCCCCGGCCGCCGCCGCUGCCUCCCCUGGUGAGCCCCCCACCGCAGGCCCACCCCUCCUCACUGUCAGACACCCCCACACCGUCGCCUUCACCCUGCCUGAGCUGGACCGAAUUCUGUGAGCUCCAUGCCCGUGUGGCGGCUGGCGACUUCGCACGUCACUUCAGGGCGUUCCUCCUGGAAAACCCCCACUACUCCCCCGACUCGGCCGCUGCCUUCUGUCGCCGUUUCACCGACCGCUUCGUUCGCCACUUUCAGAGUGAGCUGGAGGGGGCGCUGCCACCGAGCUGUGCUUCUGGGAGGGAAGAGAUGGUGAGCUGGGCUCCCCAGUCCGACGCCACCUCCCUGGAAGAAGAGGCGGUGUCGCCCCUGUCUGCGUCUGGGGGUGCGGUCCUCCCCGCCACACGGGCCUCGUCUAAACCACCCCCCAGUCGGCUGGUCCUGGAGAGCCGAAGCGGAGACAGGUUUCAGGAUUCGUACGCCCACGGUCAGGUCCUGCCCCCGUCGUCGUCAUCGUCGUGUUGCUCCUCAGUGGGCGGGAACAACGGGCGGCGCGAGGACCGGGGGGGCGUGGUGGCUCCUGGGAAUGGGGAGGCGCCGGUGGAGGAAGAGGAGGACAGCUGGUUGGGCGUGGCGUCGGUUGGGGAAGACGUUGAGCCAGAAGAGCGGGAGUCCACGGAGGUGGACCACACAGACCCCGCCCACACUCCUCAGAACACGUCCUCCUCUGUCACUCCUCCACCCAGUUCCAAAGGUAAUGGGACACCGAACUCGUCCAAGAACAAGCUGAAGAAGCGCUUCUCACUGCGGUCAGUGGGUCGCAGUGUGCGGGGCAGCGUCCGGGGGAUCCUGCACUGGAGGAGCUCGUCCAGCGACUCGGCCCAAAGUCAGCUGCCCUCCAGCUACAGCUACACCAUGGGCGUGCAGGAUGCCGCCGCCACCAAGAGGAACUCUGGGACGCAGCCACCCACGCCCACCUCCUCCAUGCCCGUGUCCCUGUCCAUGCCCCUGUCCCUGCCCCACUCGUCCUCAUCCUCGCUGCCCCCCUCCUCCUCCAGCAGCGCCACCUCCCUGUCUUUGUCUGAGGCCGCCCGCGACCGGAGGCGGAGCAACGGUGAAGGCGGCGAGAAGGAGAAGUGGAGCCACCGUCUGGAGAAGCUCCGCCUGUCCCGGUCGCCUCCUCCGGUCCUCACCUCUGCCUCUUCCACGCUGCCCCCCAGCAGCGCCGCCGCCGCCUCCGCCAUGGGACCCCCGAGGAAGGUGGGGCGGCUGGUCCGAGAGGGCGGGGUCAGCGUCAGCUCGUCCAGCGACGAGCUGAGCAGUGGCCACGCUUUCUCCGGCUUCUCGUUUGGUCUGCUCCAUCAUGGUACGGACAACAACAACGUGGCCUCGGCUCCGACCGCCGCCACCCCGGCCGGGCCAGCGCAGCCUCUGGGCAGCGGGGGCAACGUCCCCUGGAGGGGGGGCCGCUGGCACAAAUGUCGACUGGUCCUCAGAGAGAGGGACCGGGAAGGAGGGGACAGGGGGGAGGAGUACUACCUGGAGUUCUUCAUUCCACCCAAAUCGUCGAAGCCCCGCCUCACUGUCCCCUGCUGCUCCAUCGUGGAUGUGAGGAGCACCACGGCGCUGGAGGUUCCCGACAAGGAGAACACGUUUCUACUGCAGCUCGAAGGUUCAGCUCAGUACGUGAUUGAGACCCGGGAUGCGGUUCAGAUGAGGGCGUGGCUCAGCGACAUCCGCAACGGCAUCUGUCUCAGUGAACAGGAGGAUGCUGAAGGUGUGUGUGGAGGACCGCUGGAAAUCAGUGGGACGCCUGAGAUUGUCGACCGUUUGUCACAAGUGUGUUACGGGGGAAUCGGAGGCUCCUCUCCGCUCAUGGAUCCUCUUCCGCCGGAGCUGCCGCCUCGAGCCCCGCUGGACGAACCUGACGGCCGGAUCCUAGGAGGAGGCGGGGCCAGUCUGGGCACGCCCUUCGCUGAGACGCCAGACGCCACAGGGUCCUUCCUGUUCUCCGAGGUGUCGUCAGCCGAGGCGGUGGAACAUCCACUCAGCGAGUGUCAGUGGUUCCACGGAACAUUGUCCCGUCUCAAAGCCGCCCAGCUGGUGUUGGCGGGAGGCCCGGCAAGUCACGGCGUCUUCCUGGUUCGACAGAGCGAGACGCGGCGCGGGGAAUACGUCCUGACCUUUAACUUCCAGGGAAAGGCCAAGCACCUCCGCCUGUCCCUGAAUGAGGACGGCCAGUGUCGAGUGCAGCACCUUUGGUUUCAGUCCAUCUUCGACAUGUUGGAGCACUUCAGGGUCCACCCGAUCCCUCUGGAGUCUGGAGGAGCCUCCGACGUCACGCUCAUCAGCUUCGUGGGCGCCACCGCCGUUCGCCAGCCAGACUUGACCAGCAGACCCCGUAGCCCUCCUCAGCCGCCUCCUCCUCUGCCCCCAAGUCGACCGCCGCCACCGACUCCGCCUCAGGAACGGGGAAACUCCGAUCCAGAGCUGAUUGGAGGAGGAGGAGGAGCCAUGAUGCCGACAACAGCAGCAGCAGCAGCAGCAGGAGGAGGAGGAGGAGGAGGCGGCAGUGGCAGCGGAGGAGGAGGGAGCGGAGGCAGUGGAGGUGGGAGUGGAAGUGGAGGAGUGGAGGACUGGGAGGACAGGGACAGGGACACGCCCCUCCGUCAGCUGGACGCCGUGGAGGGCGAGGAGCGUGACGGAGCAAGAGCACCCCGAGCCAUUGAUAACCAGUACUCCUUCUUCUAAUGAAGGGAAGGAGGUGAAAAAAGAAGAGGAGGAGGAGGAGGAGUGUUUGUGUGUCUGAAUGUGAGUGUGUGAGCGUGUGAUUGGAUGAGGCGGCGUACAUCAUAGCCAUUCAUAACCAGUAUUUUUAUUUUGUUAGCAAAGCAGAGGCGGAGCUGUGGAGAAGGAGGAGGAGGAGGUGGAGGAGGAGAGUAAAAGUACUAACACUAUAGGAGAGACUAAAGGAGAGACGGGUGAGAGCAGCUUUACAACACUAAACUAGCGGUACACUUUGUUUUUAAUGGUAGUCAGAUAAGCUUCGUUUUUUGCCGGUAUGCCUCACGGAGGGCUCCACCCCCUUUGGAGAUGCCCGUGACGCCAGCAGCCCUGAUACCUCACAGUGGUCCUGCCAAAACCGAACACGCCAACCCGACGCCAAACGUACGUAGACGCUUCUACUGGGGCACGUAGACCCGGACCGUUAGCAUCCGCUGGGGUAGACCACGUCACAGCAAAUGCCACAUCACAAACGCCACGCUGCUAAUGCAACGCCUCGAAUAUAACCAGACCAGCUACCAGUUCACAUUUUACGCCUCUGGUUCCUUUGAAUCCAAGUCAGUGCAUCUGUGGUUCAGGUUACGUCUCUGACUGAAUCACAGAUGAAACAGAGUAUCAAAAACAGCCUGUAUCUGCUGCACUGAAGUCUGUACAUUUCACCAAAACUCUGAAGGAUUUUAGGAGUUUUUGCUCCGAUUUUUAGCUGAAAACUACAACAGCGAAUUAGUACCACAAAGAAAAAAUAAAAACACUAUCACUACAAGAAUAAAGUCGUAGUAAUAUGAGAAUAAAGUCAUAGUUUAA